UCUACAAUGGGAUAUUUGGAACUCAUUAACCAGUACGUAACUCGAUAAAAUCACCGAAUUUUGAGAAUUUGAAUACGACUCGAACAUGUAUAUAUAUAUGUAGGAUUCAAAAGUCCGAUGGUACUCUAAAGUGCGAUGGUCACGCACUUUACGCUAAAGUGCGGUGGCUGUUUGUUCGCUAAAGUACGAUGGUCUAUCACGCUAAAGUGCACUGGACUAAAGAGUAAUGUGUAAUAUGUGCAUAAGUAUCCUUUAUCCUGUUAGCUAACGGAUACAUUGAAAUCAUUAUUUAUGUUGCAGUUUACUUUGCCGUCCCCGUUUAAAUAUUGUCGAUGUUAAUAAAAAGAAAAGUCGGUAAAAUAAAGAUGACGUGAUAUCGUAUCAGCAAUUCGUCGCCUGGUAAAUUAAACAAUGUUUGGAGAAACAAAUGCAUCCAGAGGUACUUUUGUAUUUGGUAUCCUCUGUGGAUUUGGGAUAUCAUUCUUGUUACUAGUAACUUGUUUCUCGUCUUUGAGCACAUUAAGGAAGACAAAUACACCAAACACAUUGAGAUCGUUUCUUGAUAUUCGUUCAAGUAUGCAAGUGAUGACAAACCAAAGGGAUAUACAUGAUAUAAUGGAAAGAAAUUUGAGACCUAUAAAGCCAGUAUUAGUUGAUGAUAGCCAUUUUCAUCACGAUGAUAAUUCGGUAGCAAAGUACCUUGAAAAGAAUAUCCGAGUAUUAUGCUGGGUUAUGACUGGCCCACAGAAUUUAGAUAAAAAAGCUAUACACGUAAAGCUAACAUGGGCUAAAAGAUGCAACAUUCUUAUUUUCAUAAGUUCUGUUACAAAUACUAGUUUCCCUACUGUUGGGUUAAAUAUAUCAGAGGGACGGGAACAUCUAACUGGUAAAUCUAUGCAAGCUUUUCGAUAUGUAUAUGAACAUUAUAAAGAUCAAGCUGACUGGUUUAUGAAAGCAGACGAUGAUACGUUUGUCAUACUAGAAAAUCUUAGAUAUUUUUUGAAAGAUUACAAUCCAAGUGACCCAGUUUAUUUCGGGCAACUUUUUAACUUAAAAAACUUUGUUAAACAAGGUUAUUAUAGUGGCGGUGCUGGUUAUGUAUUGAGUAAAGAAGCAUUAACUAGAUUAGUUGCUAAAGGGAAAAACAAAACAUUAUGCCAACAAGAUGGUGGUAAUGAGGACGUAGAAAUUGGAAGAUGUUUGGAGAAUCUUGGUGUUAAAACUUUAAACUCGACUGAUGCAUUAGGAAGAACUAGGUUCCAUUGCUUUAAUCCAGAGACUCACUUAUUCGGUAAAUAUCCUGAUUGGUUUGUUCAACGUGACGCCAGUGGUGCUAAAAAGGGAACAGAGAGUAUGAGUGACUAUGCCAUUUCUUUUCAUUAUGUGCCUCCACAAAAAAUGUACGCAUUAGAGUUUUUCGUAUACCAUUUACGUCCAUAUGGAAUACAAUCAGGACAUCAGCAUCUGAAUUUGCUCGAUGGACGUUGAUUUCUUUAGCGGAGCUUAUCAAACUUAAUUUAGUUAAAACUAGUUGGAAUAAACAUUAAAAGAUAAAAAUGUCGUAUUGGUUUGAUACAAUUGAGUUAACCAACGAAUUAUUUACUCGAUUGCAGUAAUUUACAGACGGUUUAGAUGUACGUUUGUUUGACCAUUGACCAAAGUUACGGGAUUUGUAAAACUGUAUAACUUUAAAAAUCGAACACAAUAUAAACUACAAACUGAACAAUUUACCUAGUCUAACGUGUACAUAUUAUGCAACAUGUAUUAAGUGCUGAAAUCGAUUACUAUGCAUUCAUUAUGAUGUGUGGGAUACCAAUUUUGUUGGUACAUAACACAGUUUUUCACUUUUUCAGGCUCAUGUGAAAAAAAAAGUAAAAUCACAAAAAUACCAAGCUCCGAGGAAAAUUCAAAAAGGAAAGUCCCUGUCCAAAUGUCAAAAUAAAAAGCUCAAAAACAUCAAACGAAUGGACAACAACCGUCAUAUUCCUGACUUGUUACAGGCAUUUUCUUAUGUAGAAAAUGGUGGAUUGAACCUGGUUAUAUAGCUAGCUGAACCUCUCACUUGUAUGACAGUCGCAUCAAAUUCCAUUAUUUUGACAACGUUGUGUGAACAAAACAAACAGACACAAUAGGUUGAAAUGUCAAAAAUAAGGGUGCAGCAGUCAACGUUGUGUUAUAAUCUUGACCUCUAAAAAAACAAACAAAUGUAAAAAAAAAAAAAAGCCCAAAAUGCAUGUACAUCAAAUUUAAUAACCCCAAUCGUUGCUUUUUUUUAUUUUACGGUUUUAU